AUGGUGUCAGCGGAAUCCAGCAACAGUAACACAUCAUCGUCAUUAUUAUCGCCAUCAGCUGAAUUGAGUAGCUUUGCCACACCUGGAAAAUAUCAUCAUGACACACAAUUGCAACAACAAUUUGCUGAAAAGUCCGCCACCAAGAAGUUGCAUCGCAACAGCCCCAAAGGUCUUCACAUGAUGGCGGCUACCGCUCGACAAAAUCCCAUUAAAAAUUGGCUUGGUGCCUUCAAUCGCAAUCACUCGGGUUCCCCGCUGCCGGUUAAUGGUUCGGGUAGCGUUGCAAAUGCGGCUCAGGAUUCAGUGAGGCAGACGUGUUCAUGCAGAUGCGGUGAACGCAAUGACGAGUCGCGUAUUGUUGGCGGCACCACAACCGGAGUCAGCGAAUACCCAUGGAUGGCACGCCUCAGCUAUUUUAAUCGUUUCUAUUGCGGCGGCACCCUCAUCAAUGAUCGCUAUGUUCUGACCGCCGCCCAUUGUGUCAAGGGCUUUAUGUGGUUCAUGAUCAAGGUCACAUUUGGCGAACAUGAUCGUUGCAAUGACAAGGAGAGGCCAGAGACUCGCUUUGUGCUGCGUGCCUUUACCCAGAAAUUUAGUUUUUCGAAUUUCGACAAUGACAUUGCCCUGUUGCGUCUGAAUGAUCGGGUACCCAUAACGAGUUUUAUACGACCCAUUUGUCUGCCACGACCGGAGGAAAGAAAUGAAUUGUUUGUGGGCACUAAGGGCAUAGCCACUGGUUGGGGUACCCUAAAGGAAGAUGGUAAGCCUUCAUGUCUCCUGCAAGAGGUUGAGGUUCCCGUCCUCGACAAUGAAAGCUGUGUGGCCCAAACCAAUUACACUUCGAAAAUGAUUACGAAAAAUAUGAUGUGUGCCGGUUAUCCGGGUACGGGGGAACGUGAUAGCUGUCAAGGUGAUUCGGGUGGUCCUUUGGUUCGUCUACGUCCCGAUGAUAAACGUUAUGAACAAAUUGGUAUUGUUUCGUGGGGUAAUGGUUGUGCUCGUCCCGAUUAUCCUGGUGUCUAUACCCGAGUUACGAAGUACUUAGAUUGGAUCAAGGAAAAUUCACGAGAUGGUUGUUUUUGUGAUGAACAUUUUUGA